UGCAGAUCAAAGGAUUUCUAUAGGUUUAUUAUGCAGUAAAGUAAUAUAAAAGAAAGAGAGAUUGAAUGGGGAGUUUGUCGUACCUUUUUGACUUCAAUCAGGACAGCAGCAGCACGACUAGAAAGGUUCAGCCGCAGCAAAGGAAACACGUUGAUGGAUUAGAAGCUCCCAGAAACAGCUUAGAACUGCAAGGAGAAGCAUUUCAGACUAGUUAUAAUAGUAAUAAUACUUAUGUUGGAGGAGCCCUUUCAGCUUAUGAAUGGUUAGAAAACACUUCUUUCCCAACAGAGACUUCAAUGAGAAAAUCGAUCAGCAAUGAAACCACAAUCAAACGACCAAAUAGUAAUAAUAAUAAUAAUAAUGCUAGACGGACCACUCCAAGUGUUGUGGCCAGGCUCAUGGGAAUGGAGAUGUUACCUUCCUCAGAUAACUAUCGUCCUCUUCCUCCUCCCCCGGUUAAUAAACCACCACCGCCCGAAAGGAAAGAAGUGGAACAGUCUAUAACCAAUUUCAGAAAGAGUGAAGAAGACAGUCUUCAUGUUAACUGCAACCCACUUGAUUUUGGAAAGUCAAAAAAGGCAAAUCAUCGACCCGAGCAUCCCCAAGAAGAAGAGCUACAGAAAUUCAAGAAAGAUUUCGAAGCAUGGCAAGCUGCGAGAUUCAAGGAAUGCACUAAACUAGUUGAAUCGUCCUCAGGAAGGAACUCUGAACAACUCAUUGCUCAAGAGAAUCUCAACCGCGAAAAGAUUGCUCUAUAUUCAGGUUCUAGAAUAAGAAACAGCAUAUCGAACGAGGAGGAUCAAAUGCCUAAUAAACCAGCAUCAUCAUCUCCCCUUGGAUCGUAUUAUUCAUCGAGAACAAGAAGCAGAACAGUAAGUUACGAUUCUACUGAUUUCGAGACCAGUAGUUCUGAUCACAGGCUUGGGAAAUCUUCUGGACCGACGAAGAUUGUUAUUCUAAGGCCUGGACCUGACCAGUUUGUCGAUAGCGAAGAAUCAUGGGUAGGUUGUUCUUCUGCUAAUUCAGAAGAGAGGGUUGGUGGUGCUUCCAACAACAAUAAUAAUAAUAGUAUAGAAGAUUUUCUAAAGGAGGUUAAGGAAAGGUUGAAAUGUGAGCUUCAAGGAAAAUAUCAGAAAAGGGUCAGGGGAAGAGGGAUUGAGACGCCAUUUAGUGAAAAGCAGCAGCCAGUUGAUGCAAAACAAAUAGCACAAAAUAUAGCAAAACAAGUCAGAGAAAGUGUAAUGAUCAGAUCAGCAGACUCACCUGAUUUCAUCAUCAACAGAGAUACCAGGAAAAUUGUAGCAGACAAGCUGAGGAAUGUUCUUGACAGUAAUAUAGAACCGUCCUCAUCUCCUAGGAAUCUCACCCGAUCAAUGUCAGCUCCAGUUUCAACUACGUCGUUUGGGAAGCUACUUCUAGAGGAUCGCCAUGUUCUUACCGGGGCUCACAUUCGUAGGAAGCACGAAUCAUCUUCAUCGGUGGAUUCAAAUAUUUUGAAGAGGAAAAAGGAGAAGUUCACCAACAUUAAGGAGAGAGUUUCAAGCUUUAAAUACAGAUUCACUCUUCAUGGUUGGCUUUUCAGAAGAAGGUUUCAUUCUUCUGAAGAUGUUUUCAAGUACGAUUAUGGCUGCUCUAGGAACGAUAUCAUGAGCGGACCAACAGUUGUCAACUCCAACUAUGGCAAUGUACAUGAAAACUCUACUGAGGUUCCACCUAGCCCUGCAUCUGUUUGCAGCAGUAGCCAUGAAGAGUGGGGACGAGCAGCCGAUUAUCUCACACCAUCCUCGCCUUUCUCCGAAUUAUCUCCAUUACGAGAUUCCUCAUUGCCACAGGUCUUCAGAGAGAUCAACUGUAAUCUAAGCGAGCUAAGGAGGCAACUGAAUGCCCUAGAUACCAAUGGUGCAUCAAUGGAAGAAGAAGAAGAACAACAACAACAACUUACAGAAGAAGCAGAUACGAUGGAGUUGGAUGAUCCAGCAGAAGCUUAUAUAAGAGAUCUACUAAUUGCUUCUGGUUUAUACGAUUGCACAUUCAACAAACAACCGCUGUCGAGAUGGGAGCCAAUGGCGAAACCGAUCAACAACCGUGUGUUCGAAGAAGUGAAGAUGUACGGAGAAGAUGAAUCAAGUUCAAAUCGCCGACUUCUAUUCGAUUUGACAAACGAAGCGCUUCCGGUGAUUCUCGGACAACCUGUGAUGAAGUUUCCUCCGUCUGGGAGCAAGUUAUUGAAUAGCGUGCUGGAGAUGAUUCGAGGUUACUUGAGUCCUCCACCGGACAGAUUCUAUUUCUCGAUUGACGGUAUGGUUGGGCGAGACCUAGGGUGUGCGCCGUGGACGAUUCUGGUGAAGGAUGAGGUUAAUGCUAUGGGGAAAGAAGUGGAAUCUAUGAUUACAUCAGGUUUGAUCGAAGAGAUAGUGAAGGAGCUUCAUCUUCUUCAAUUACAUCGGCUACGACGGAUCAGGCAUAAACAGAUGGUUAUAUCAUCAGCAUCAUCAGUAUGUUCUUCAUCAUCGUCAUCAUAAUAAGCAGCAGCAGCUGAUGAGAAUAUAAAUGCAUAAAAUAUGGUGUUUGUUUUUUAGUUUAUCUGGUAGUUUGGGUGUUUUGAUUUGAGUGCUAAUAAUAAUUAAUAUUUUUUGUUUAUUGAUUCUGGAUUUGUUUUUAGUAUAUAAACCAGUUGAUGGGUUUUUGGUGAGUUAAUUAAUGUACAUAACAAUGAAUAUUCAUGGGUUUUUAUUUAUAUAAAUUUACUUCUUUUUUUCUUAUUGC